GUCAUCAGAAAUAAAUCUAAGUACUAAUUUGAUAAAAAUCACUACUACUUUCUCAGUCAGCGAGAAACGCAGAAAACAUAUCGCGAAGAAGAUGAUGAUGCAAUCCAGGUUAUUAGCGUUGGCUUCAACGAUGCGUUCCCGCGUUCGACCAAUCGCUCAGAGGCAGUUAGCGUUUGGAUCAUCAACGUCUGGCCGAACCGCUGAUCCAGAGCUUCACUCUGGUAACCGUGGAGCUGAUCCAGCUAUUUAUCCGAGAGACCCCGAAGGUAUGGAUGAUGUAGCGAACCCCAAGACUGCGGCUGAAGAAAUCGUUGAGGAAACUCCACGUCCGAGUUUAGAAGCGCAACCGCUUAUACCGCCUAAAUCUCCACGCGCCACCGCACAUAAGCUAGAGAGCACUCCCGUUGGUCAUCCGUCGGAACCCAAUUUCCAACAGAAACGGAGAAAAAGCGCCACCGCAUCUCCGCAGCCGCCGUCGCUUGAUUCUGUGAGCUGCGUCGGUUUAGACGGCUCACCGUGGCCGAGAGACGAAGGAGAAGCGGAGGAGCAAAGGCGGAGGGAAGAUGAAACAGAGAGCGACAAGGAAUUUUACGCACACCACAAAGCGUCUCCCUUAGCGGAGAUAGAAUUCGCCGAUACUCGGAAGCCGAUAACGCAAGCGACCGACGGGACGGCGUACGCGGCGGGGAAAGACGUGAUCGGAUGGUUGCCGGAACAGCUAGACACGGCGGAGGAGUCUUUAAAGAGGGCUACAAUGAUAUUCAAACGAAACGCAGAACGCGGCGAUCCUGAAACGUUUCGUCAUUCUAGAAUCUUAAGAGAAAUGAGAGGCGAGUGGUUUUAAAUUAAAGACGCAAAAGAUGUUACUGUCAAAUAAUCUAAAUAAACUUUUUCAAUUAGCUUCACUGGUUCUUCCAAAACUGGAAAAUCUCUAGAAACCCUGAUAAAGAGAAUUGGUUCGAACAUUGUGGAUUACAGUUAUUACAUGGUCCAAAAGGUUUUUGUUCUUCAUCAAAGCUGUAAAAACUUAUUGGUAUCAGAUUCCAAAGCUCUUCCUUUUCAAGGUUCUUAAAGAAAGUCAAGUUCUUUAAAAAGCCAUAGACUUGUAUAUCUUCAUCCUUCUCCCACCAUUGAAAAAAACUGCAAAAUUAUUUCUCUCUUCCUUCUCCUAUCAAUGGAGCUCUUUCUCUGUUUCUUCACUCUGCUUUUAAUAUCGCAGUCUGUUGCGUUGGGUACAGCAGAGAAAACGCAGAUUGAAUGUGCAAUGUGCUUAGAAUGUGAGAACCCAUGUGAUCAGCCACCUCCUCCAUCGCCUUCACCUCCACCACCGCCACCGCCGCUGGAAAUUUUCUGUCCUCCACCGCUUCCACCUCCUCCACCACCACCUGUAGAGGUAUUCUGUCCGCCUCCUCCUUCCCCACCGCCGCCUUCUCCUCCUCCUCCACCUCCUUCACCGCCACCACCGUGUACUCACUGCUCACUGCCGCUUCCACCGCCGCUGCCACCGAUUUGCAAUGAAUGCGUUCCGAACAAGCCGAGACCGCCGAUCAUUAUCACCGCCGCAGAAGCGUCGCCGGCGGUUUCUGCAUCUAUAAUUUUCGUAACUGCUCUCGCGUUUUUCGUUGCCUCUCUGCUUCAAUAAAUCUUCUAGCGAUCUUCGGCUAAUGUUAUAUCUGCAUUUUAAUUCUUACAAAUCACCAAGGGAACUUCAGUUUCUGAGAUGUAGGAAAUACUCUUUUUACCCUCGUGUAAUGUGUAACACUUCUCUCCGAAAAUCUCAAUUAACACACAAAAAGGUCUUUAAAAGUAUCUAGGAUUUGAGGUUUUGGUUUUGGUGUGAAUAUAGCAAAGCUAUAUGAGACGUAAGAUUAGUAAUAUAUUUGGCUCAUGGACAUUCUUAUUUAUCUUUAUAAAAAAAGUACAUUUUUAUUUAUCUUCUUAUUACCAGCUACUGUGUGAUUACUUGUGAUAAAAUGCCAGUAUGAUAUUUUUA